GGCGCCCCGCGGCGCCCGCCCUGCUAGAGUUCCGCCGCCGCCGUCCAGCCGCCAUGGGCUCGCACCUGCCGCCGCCGCCGCAGCAGCGGCCGGAGCCCCAGCUGGUGCUGCAGCUGGCGGCCGGGGCUCUGCAGGCGCAGAACUUGGAGCUGUCGGGCGGCGGCCUGGGGCCCGAGUGGCAGGUGCUGCUCCGGCGGGCCGACGCGCUCGCCUACGGCGGGCGGCUGCACGAAGCCCUGCCGCUCUACCAGCUGGCGUCCCGCCACCAGCAGCUGCGGGCGGAGCAGCUGGAGAAGCUGGUGGAGUGCCUGGCGCAGAGCGUCCGGAUCAAAGAGGGGCUGCCCGCCGCCGGGAGCGGCCCCCCGCAGCCCCGCGAGUGGGACGUCUUCAGGUGCCGCAAAUGCCAGGGCUUCCUCUUCGAGCCCGUUUCCUUGCCUUGCGGACACACGUUCUGCAAAAAGUGCCUGGAGAGGGACCGGGCGGCCGAGUCCCGCUGCGUCCUGUGCAAGGAGGAGCGCGGCGCGGCGGCCGGGCAGCUCCUGCGGGUCAAUGUCAUCCUCAGCAACCUGCUGGCCAAGUGGUUCCCCUGCCAAGUGAAGGCUUCGCAGCUCAGGCACGAAGGGAACCUCUUGUACAAGGAGAAGAAGCUACAAGCCGCCCUCCAGAAGUACAACGAAGCGGUCAGCCUAGCUCCAAAUGACCACUUACUAUACAGCAACCGGUCCCAGAUUAAUUCUACUUUGAAAGCUUGUGAAGAUGCUUUGCAUGAUGCAGAAACAGCAUGCAGACUCCAGCCAUACUGGUUGAAAGGUCACCUAAGGAAAGGACAAGCACUAGCUAAUCUGGGGAAAACAGAAGAAGCUUUAAGAGAGUUUCUAUUCUGCCUUGCUCUAGAUACUGGGAACAAGACAGCCAAGUCUGAGGCACAGAAGCUUCUACUUAGUUUGUUUUCACUCAUCCCGGGAAAUGCUCAGGAACACUUACCCGAUAUCCUGCAGCUGUUGUCACAUCACUCUAGAUUAAAGGGGAAUCUCCUAAAUUCAGUGGGAUCUGGAGGCACCAGCCAUAACCUACAGAGGUUGCUCAAGGUAAAUGUGGAACAGAAAAAGGGUUUUCCCAUUCAAGAGGAACCAAAUGUAACUACUUCUGGUAGUUUGAGGAAAUCUGUACAAAUUACAGAGAGCAAAAAGGACUGCUCAGAGGAGGAGAACAAACUUACCUCCACACCAGAGUCUACCUUUCUCAUUUCUGAGAAGUGCAGCCUCCUGAAAAGGAAGUGCUGCUCAGAGGAGAUGCGAAAUGCUGAGGUAACCUGCAAACUGAUGAAGAAAGAUACAGUUGAUACUAAGGGAAAUAAUACUGGACAACAUAUUCCAUUUGAAUUUGUGGAUCCAUCAGAUCUGGACUGCUCCCUGUGUAUGAGGCUCUUCUAUGAACCUGUCACUACACCUUGUGGACAUACCUUCUGUCUCAAAUGUCUUGAGAGAUGCCUGGAUCACAACCCAAAAUGUCCCCUGUGCAAGGAAGGGCUCUCAGAGUGCUUGGCUAUGAGGAAAUACUGUAAAACAGUACUAAUGGAGGAGUUAAUAGCUAGAUAUCUUCCAGAGGAACUCACUGAAAGAAGAAAGAUUUAUGAAGAGGAAAUAGCAGAGCUUUCCAACCUAAAUAAGAAUGUUCCUAUAUUUGUCUGCACAAUGGCUUAUCCCACAGUCCCGUGCCCUUUGCACAUUUUUGAGCCGUGUUAUCGCCUGAUGAUUCGAAGGUGCAUGGAGACUGGCACCAAACAAUUUGGGAUGUGCAUCAGUGACCCUGUAAAGGGGUUUGCAGAUUAUGGCUGCAUUCUGGAGAUAAGAAAUGUUGAAUUCUUUGCUGAUGGUCGCUCUGUUGUAGACAGCAUCGGCAAGAGGAGAUUUAAGGUGAUACAGCACAGCCAACGUGAUGGCUAUAAUACAGCGGAUAUCGAGUACAUUGAGGAUCAAAAGGUGCAAGGACAAGAGUAUGCUGCAUUACUUGUUCUCCAUGAUUCUGUCUAUGAUCAGGCAUAUAUGUGGUUUAACUCCCUCAAGCAAGCACUCAAAAGUCGAAUUCUCAGUCAUUUUGGUCCAAUGCCAGCUAAGGAUCCUGACCCACAGGCUAACCCUAAUGGGCCAGCCUGGUGCUGGUGGGUCCUAGCUGUCCUUCCACUUGAGAACAGAGCUCAGCUCCCCUUCCUUGCCAUGAAAUCCCUCAAAGACCGCUUGAAUGGCAUCAGACGUGUCCUUACAUUCAUGUCUCGUACAAGAUCACGGUGAUGGUGAGGAGAGCUGUGAAGUCUCCCACAGUAUUUGACUGUAGACUGUCUCUUGUAACUUCAUCUAACUGCAAUAAUGUCUUACAGGUUUGAGUGUCAGGAUGUUUCAAGCCUGAAUUUCAAAGAAAAUGAGUUAUAAAGAGCAAGGGAUAUUGCAUCUGGAACUCUGAGAUGAUUAUUGAAUUACUGCACUGCUAAAUUAAUAACAAAUGUGAUAGAACAAAAAGUGAUCUUGUUUGCCAUAAACCUUUCAAAAAGCUUAAGGGGUUUUUUAAUUUAUUUUAUUUUUAUUUUUUUUAGUGGAUAAAGGAUAAACUGUGCAGUUUAAUGUGAAGCAGAAAUAAUAAUGCAUUAUUUCAGUGAACUGCAAAGUCUUUUAUUCCAAAUGGUUCAGGUUUUAUAUAGCAUUGUGUAAAAUAAUGUUCACAACUUCCGUUUGAUAAUUUAUUUUUGCACUAUGAUUUUUGUUUCAAAAUGUAUAUUAUUUAUGUGUUCAUUCUCUAAAGGAAAGUGAGCUGCUCUAUUUAUUUAUAGCGUUUUUACCCUGUAUUUAUGACUGGGGGCAAAAUGAUGAUUCUAGCAGUGCACAAGCAACUGCUUUGAUAAUUUUUCAGAUAUUUGUGUUCAAAUACUUUGAAUGUUUUUCUACUUAUCCCCAGUUCUACUGUAGCCUAAGAAGGAUGCCCCCCCCCCCCCCCCCCCCCCAAAACAGCCUGCCAUGAAGUCUUUGAAUACGGAGAUUAUGUCUGAGAUAAUUCAAGCACAGUUGUUGGAGCUUGAUCCUAUGCUUGCAACUAGGUUCCUGAUAUCAAAAAAAACAUGCUUAACCUUAAGCAUGAGUGUUUAAGUGCUUGGGUAAAUUCAAGUAUUGAUCAGUUGAUGUCAGUGGGAAUUGGCCAUAGUGGUGACAGAAGGAUCUAUCCCCUAAUUUUUCAAAGAACAGAGAGUAACUUUGAGUUGAAUUCAUAUCUGAACUCUUUCUUGCAAGAAUGGAGAAUGGCUACAAACAACUGCGAAGAGUGAGCCACAAUAUAUGAAAAGUGGCUUUUCCUAAAGAAAACUGGAAGUACUGGUAUCAUUUCAUUGUAGGUUACUACAUAGAUUUUGUGGGUUUUUUUUUUUUACAUCAACUCUUGUUGCUGUUAAGAUCAGUUUUAUUUCUUUUAAUUGUUUGGUGGGAUUUGGCUUUGGAGUGUGUGUAUGGGGGGGGAAGUAAUUUUGAACUGUAGGACUCAGAGGACAGUUUGUGUCACAUGAGAAGGAAUGUGUUGUAAUAAAUGCUAUUUAUUUCACCCCAAUCUUCAGGUUUCUGUUAGCUUCAAAUCUCUACCCAGCCAUGGCAUUUCUCUUAAGAGCUUGGGUAGUGUUGCUAAUAAUAGCUAACUCCCAAGGAAAACAAGUGAAUUUUAGCAUGAUUACUUCUAGCUAUAAAGCAGGUAAAAAUAGGGCAGAAAUGAGAAUAGGAAGUAUCUUUGUUUUGACUUUUUUUUUUUAAAUCAAAAGUUUGUAUACUUGUUUUGCUGCUUUUAUUGCUUUCAAUAUACCACUUUCUGGGACUGAUCUUGCCUCCAUCUGACUUUAACUUUCACUGAUUUCAAUGUGAGCAGAACUGGGCCUUUAUUCUAAGCUACUGUUUUUCUUUUCAGUUGCAAAAAAUAGAUCGAAUUGAGAAUGUUAUGGAAUGCUACCAGUUUCAUUGUUAUUUUUACCCAGGAUAGCACUCUUUGCCAUUCCAUGCCUUUAUGAAAAAAUGCAGUAGAAUUUAAUGUCAAUUUUCCAUGUGUUUUUCCACCAUCAUCUCAUCGGAAAUAUUUAUUAACUAAAAGUAAUUUUCAUCUUAAGUUUCCAUAAAACUACCUUUGUCCCCCCUCUUGUUAAAUUCUAUAGAACUUUUCUAUAAGGGUACCAAAGAAAUGAAUGGAAGACAAACAUGUUUCAACCUUGUGAUACAAAUGAAAUAUGUAUCCUGUGUUUGCAUUGAGCUACUCUAGAAAUGCUACAACUUCUUUCCAUACUGCUAGAUUGUUGCACUUCUUCCAUAGGUGGUACUUUACAUGCUUCUCCCUAAACAAUGUAUAGAAGUACGUACAUGUUCUGAACAAUAACAAUGUGUAUGGUGGCUUACACCUGCUAUGGCAUUUGUCUUCAUAAGUCAAUAAUGAAGUGAUCUCUACUUGUUUGGAAGUGAAGCUGCAUUAAGUGCAAUUCUUCCUUAAACCAUUAUGUAUUAUUGCAUAACAUAAGGGGCCCAUAUUGCUCCCACAGAAAAAAGUUGUCACUUUGUUACUCUUAUUUGUGAGAAAAGGACUUUAAAUACCUAUUUUAAACUGUUUUCUCACUGAUGUCACUAUUCUUUUUUCCUGCAUGCUAUGUCUUCUACAUAUUCAUAUUCUGCCUCUUUUGUUGAUUUAGAAAUUGGCAUGGAAAGAAUCCUUGAUUUUAAAAGUGAAUACUGUCUUUUCUAUUAGCUUUGAGUAAAGCUGCCAGAAUUUCCUAAGCAGAAACUUGUGUACAUGCCCUAUAUCAUAAAUGCCCAAUGUAUUUGUUGCAACCUGGAAACACUGGACCUACUGCAUGUAAUGCAUACAGUUGAUCUGCAUAUGCACAACAAAUCGAAUGCAUAAAGAAAGUUCAUCUGUACCUGUACAGUAGCAUUCUGUCUGGGACUGCUCUAUGGCCACACAUCCCAGAUUAGUGGCUAAAGUCUGCAAAUUCCAUCAGAAGAAAAAAAAAUAAAAAUUGAGAAACAGAUUUUUCUAGAGAACACAAACCUGUCCAGGAAAAGCUGGACAAGGAGUAGCCUUAGCCUUCAGUGAAUUGAGAUGGUAAAGUUUCAGUAAUGAGGUUUAAAAACAAAAAAAAUCUUCUAGUUAUGCCACAGCAUUGCUGAUUUUUUUUUCAGUUGUGUUAAUUAGUACAAGGAUGUAAAUGCAACAUUUAUUACAGGCAUGAAUAAACAGCUGAACAGAUUUAAAAAUACCCUCACUUUAAUUAUAGAAACAGCAUUGAUCAGAUAAAAUACUAAUUGGGGGAGUGUUUUAUUUAAGCCCCUCACAUUUUUCUAGACACCAAACCCAGUCCCAUAACCAGUCUUGCUCAUCUGUUUAAAAAAAAAAAAAAAAAAAAAAAGACUCAAACUUCCAUUUCCUGUGUGGCCAAGAAGUAUUGAUUAAUCUUUUGUUGCGAGGGCAUAAGUAAUGCAUAGGCUUCUUGCUAGUUCUUAAAAAAAGUCCAUUUUCAUUGACCCUAGUGAUCAGUCCCCCUUUAAAAAAAAGGGGGGGGGGGGGGAUACAAAAAGCAAGUCUUCUGUAAUGGGGGCAGAGAGGGAACCAAGAUCAAACUAUAGAUCAAACUGUAACUGAGUCAGUGCCAGUCUCCUGGGCAAUAAAUAUCACGUAAACAUCUUCCAGAAAUGACUUGCAUUUGUAAGAUAUGGGUUUGUUAAUCUGAAAUCUCUUCACUUUGCUGUAAAUGAAGUAUUUUUAAAAAUACAUUAAAAUAAAUAACAAAGACUGGCUGUAUCACCUUUCCAAAUCCUUGUACAGUCAGAGAAGUUUUCUGCAGGAAGUAAUACUAAUUUUUCAUUCCCAUAUAUAGACAGACUUAUGACACUCAAAAUAACUUUGCUUUGUCUUAUAUGCUCCUUUGUAUAGCGAUGACUUAAAGGGAUAUGUUUCCAUGAAAAUAGCUGUUAUUUUGGCUAGCAUGACUUGGUUGAAAGUAAACCUGAGACAGGACUGGAUUAAUUGGGGAAAAAUCAUGAAACCUGACAAUGAAUAUGGACACAGUUGUGGAAAGUAGUUCAGUAGUUUUAAUAAUGAAAUGAUAAAAUGGUGUAGUAGGCUAUUAUCAUGCUAAGUCUUAAGUGACAUUCUGGUGUUAGUUGUAAAAGUUUCUCUUUUUUUUUUUUUUUUUUAAUUUUAAGUGCUGAUAUCUUAUCUUCCAUUACCUUGUAGCAAUAAGAGAUACCAGCUGUCAUACUGAAUGGUUGACCUAUUGCUUGGCCUGUCCUUCUGUCCUGUAUGACUACUUACUAAUAGAACACCUGAACCAUGGAUUUUUUAAUCCAAAGAUUAUGUUAAUCUAAAAAAAAAUCACGUGGAUUUUGAUGUAGCAAGUCUGGCUUAAUCUGUGCUUAGAGAAAGAGCAUCUAAAACAAAACUUAAUUUUAUAAAGGUCUUUUCAUAGAAUCAUAGAAUACCAGGUUGGAAGGAACCUAAACGAUUACCUGGUCCAACCUUUCUUGGCAAAAGCAUGGUCUAGACAAGAUGGCCCAGCACCCUGUCCAGCUGAAUCUUAAAACUGUCCAAUGUUGGGGAAUCCGCCACUUCCUGGGGAGAUUAUUUCAAUGGCUGAUUUCACAAUGAGAACAAAGUUUUCCUCUUAAUGAUUUCUACAUGGUGCUGAAGUUUUACUGGUGUUUAAAUUAAUGACAGGAGCUAUAUUUAAAUGCAGUGUUUAGGAAUGGAGAACAUGUUCACAAACUCUUAUUUUAAAAAAAGUGUAAAUUAACCACAGGUUUUCUGUGCAUAAAAACCCAAUGGAACUAUACACACUUAGGGUAGCGCUCCCCAUUUCCCCGAGUCCUACAUCAGAUGAACUCAACCCCUGCUUUCAAUGCCUGCUUUAAGUUAUUUAAUUUGUCAGCUUCAUAACCUAACUUGUAACUGGUACAGCACAUAGUUUAGGAUCUGGGGCUUAUUCCAAAGCCCAGUAAAUCACUGAAAGUCUUAUAGCUACAGAAAAAUGGUAGUUUCAGCAAAGACACUAUAUUGAAACACUUUGCUAAAUAAAUAUUGUCUGGGUACAAGAAACUAAUCUGCUUAGACAGGAUUAAAAUGGUGGAUAAUAAAAAACUGAACUAUUACAUUGACUUACUCAUCCAGGUAUCAUGUGAAGUGCUUACUAAUGUUGGAGUUUCAUAAGGUCUAAAGUAACCCUCACAUAGAAGUGCCUGUAUUCUGUUAUUGCCAUUCUUGAGCUUUUUAAUAGAGUCAUAGCCAUAUAUUUUAUAAAUAUAAACAUAUGCACCUUUAAAUCUUUACAUUCAAUUUGCAGAACAAAGGUUUACAGAGCAGAAGUGUAGCAAAAACAAUGUAAUAGCUUCUAUAAUUCCCUGGUGAGGAACGGGAGAAGUACAAAAAUGAGGAGCAAAAGACUAUCUGUGUAAGAUGUCUUAAUUUGGCACUAUAUACUGUCCAAUUUAAUUCCAUCAAGCUAUGUGGUUACAAGAGUGCCAGAAAUAUAUCUAUCAAGCCAUUUUAAAUAAAAAGUUUUGUGGACUUGUAUAUUCCAUUUGUUUGUAAAACAUCCUUCUGUGCACUGUAAUGAACUUGAAAUGAAACUUAAGUUAUACUCUCAUAUCACUGAACAGAGUACUGUUCAGCUACCUCUACAUAAGGUUGAAGUAAUUUGUUUUUUCCAGAUUUGUUCACAUUGUCAUACAAAAUAUAUUUUAAAAAAUCAUAGUCCAAAGAACCUGUAUGUGUUUGUAGAUGUACUUAUAACUAUGUUGUACCAACAAAGUCUGUGUGGAGAGUUGUUUGCUAAUUAAAAUUUUUGUGUUCUUUA